CACGUUUAUUUCCUUGAGUCGUGUCAUUUCAUUCAUUCAUUCGUGGUUAUUUGAGUUAGUAUCUUCUCCUUUCCUGCUGUUCUGUCGUGAUAUCCUCUCCUCGGGAUGAAGGCCGUGCUCCUGGCCGCGGGGUACGGGACCCGGCUGCAGCGGGACGUCCUGGAGGACCGCAGCGGGAGGUUCGUUCACUUGGCCGGGGUCGCGAAGCCGCUGCUCCCGGUGGGACCCUGCGCCCUGAUCUCACACUGGGUCCGUGCCCUGACCACUGCUGCGUGUGUGGACUGCGUUUAUGUGGUUACAAAUGCUCUUUAUCGCGCUGCGUUUGAACAAUGGGCAAAGCAGUUCUCAAACGUCAAGAUCCUGAGCGACGGCACAAGAACCAACGAGGAGCGCCUCGGGGCCGUGGCUUGUCUCCAACUCGCAGUGAAGCGUUUCCAGAUUGAAGAUGAUGUGAUGGUGAUCGGAGGUGACACACUUUUCAAAGAAGAUUUUAGUCUGACUCGAGUAAACGAAAGAUUUCACGAGCUCCAGGGGAAAAGUGAGGACAGCUGUUUAGUUCUGUCCUACGAGUGCAAAGAAGAGGAAACACGUAAAUAUGGAAUACUGGAAGUGGACGAGGAUUUGUGCGCCGUUUGUAUGAAAGAGAAGCCCCUCCCCACUGAGACGACGUCUAGAAGAGCAUGUCCUUGUUACUACAUGCUGUCAAAGAAGAGCUUGCCUCUGUUGGAUAUUUUUCUUGAGGAAAAGAAGACUGCGCCGAUAGAAGAGAAAGACGCACCUGGGAUCUUUGUGUCUUGGAUCAUUUCAAGGACGCCCGUGUACGUCUAUCCGAUCUCGGGCCGUUUUGACGUUGGGAAUCUGCCGUCCUACAUCGACUGUGAUCUUUACUUCAAAGAAAAACUACAAAACACCCGAUCCUACAUGGUCUAAACA